UCAUAAACACCGGCAGCCGUGGCAGAUGUCAAAACUGAUGCAAUUAGUCUGCAUACAGCUGGCAAAACAGUUAUCAUAUUAUUGCAACGAAAGUUUUAAAUUUGCAAGAUUAAUUUCCACCUCAGUUGUUGUGAAGAAAACCAUUCCAGGCUUUGGAACGAAGAGGCAGACGUUUUCAAUUCGGGGUGAAAUCAUGGAUCCAGCUGUUGAGGAACUUUUGACUCCAUAUCGUCAGUCUGUUAAAGAACAGGGUGAUCUUGUACGCAAGCUCAAGGAUGAAAAAGCACCGGAUAUCGACUUGCAGAGGGCAGUAGCUGAGCUAAAGAAGCGAAAACAUGCUCUUACUGAUAAGGAGUUUGAGCUGUCUCCAAAGGAUAAUUUUGACCGAGCCAAGAUGGAGGAUCUGUUAAAACAGAAGUUCUUCUAUGACCAGUCAUUUGCAAUCUAUGGAGGCAUCAAUGGUCUCUAUGACUUUGGUCCAAUGGGCUGCGCUGUUAAGGCAAACCUUCUACAAGCAUGGAGAAAUUUCUUCGUUCUCGAAGAAAAUCUGCUGGAAGUUGAUACUGCUGUGUUGACACCAGAAACCGUCCUCAAGGCCUCUGGACAUGUUGAAAGAUUCCAAGAUUACAUGGUUAAGGACUUGAAGAACGGGGAGUGUUUCCGGGCCGACCAUCUCAUAGAGAACACAUUUGAGAAGAUGUUGUCCGAUAAGAAAGUGACUGAAGAUAUCAAGGCAGAAAUUAGGUCCAUUCUUCCUACAGUUGACAAUAUGAGCAAAGAUGAGAUGGGGGAAACAUUGAAGAAGUUCAGCAUAAAGUCUCCUGUUACCGGGAACGACAUAUCUGAUCCUCUCGAGUUUAACCUUAUGUUCUCCACAGCUAUCGGGCCUACAGGAACUGUCAAAGGGUAUCUCCGUCCAGAAACAGCUCAGGGUAUAUUUGUCAACUUCAAGCGUCUACUGGAGUUCAACGGGGGCAAGCUGCCAUUUGGAGGAGCGCAGAUAGGGGCAGCAUUCAGAAACGAGAUCUCACCAAGAUCUGGGCUUAUACGUGUCAGAGAGUUCGCAAUGGCUGAGAUAGAGUAUUUUAUGGAUCCGAAAGAGAAGGAAACAUUUUACAAGUUCGAGAAUGUUCGUGACCUCAAAGUGACCUUGCUGUCGGCGUGUAAACAGAUGGAGGGCAAGGCACCAGACGUGAAAUCUCUCGGGGACGCUGUGAAAGAUGGCACUAUAGCCAACGAGUCGCUGGCCUACUUCAUGGGACGUAUCUACAUGUUCCUGAUGAAAGUUGGUAUUGAUAACAACAAGUUCCGGUUCCGACAACAUCUCGCUAAUGAGAUGGCUCACUACGCCUGUGAUUGUUGGGAUGCCGAGAUGAAAACUUCUUAUGGUUGGAUAGAGUGUGUAGGUUGUGCUGACAGGUCGUGUUACGAUCUCCUCUGUCAUCAGAAGGCUACGGGGAUGAAACUGGUCGCCGAGAGAAAAUUAGCAGAACCUAAGAUGAUCCAGGUUGUGGAAUGUAAGGUGAACAAAGGUGUCAUCGGCAAGGUGUUCAAGAAAGAUGCCAAGGUCGUCACUGACUACCUUACUACUCUCGAGUCCGAAGGAGCUGACGCAUUGGAUCGUUCACUGCAGGAAAAUGGGGAAGCAGAGAUCACUGUGAAGGACCAGAAAUACACUUUGAAGAAAGACAUGAUCACAGUGUCUAGAUUUGAGAAGAAAUUGCAUGUUGAAGAGUUUAACCCGUCUGUGAUAGAGCCUUCGUUCGGUAUUGGGCGAGUCAUGUACUCGUUAUUCGAGCACAACUUCAAGAUUCGAAAAGGAGAUGAACAAUGA